AUGAUAUGCAAUGCUAGACAAAAGGAGAAAGGGGGAAAGCCGACGGGCCUAGAAUAUCUUGAGGUUGGUUCUCGGGUUCGGGAUGAUGAAUCGAAGCGAAACAAAGUUAAGGUUGAUGAGGAUCACGGAUUAUACGAGUUUUUCAGACAUAAGGACAAGGCACUCAGUACGCCAGCUGAGGAGGGAAACCAUGGAAGACCAUGGAGUGCAGAGGAGUUGAGGGGGAAGAGUUGGGAGGAUUUACAUUCACUUUGGUGGAUUUGCUGCAAGGAGAGGAAUCGCAUUGCUACGGAAAGCUACGAGAGGGACAGAUUGGAGGCGGGGUAUGGUGAGGAGGAUUCGGAGAAGAGGGAUAUGACUGUUCGGAGAACACAAAGGGCUAUCAAACAGGUUUUGACUGAGAGGUACUAUUCUUGGCAAGAAGCCCAGGUUGUUGCAAAGGAUGAUCCAGAAAUCGAUCUUUCAGGUCAAGGGCCAAUAUAUACCCCUAGAGAUUUCGAGGAGGAUAUUGAGGAAGAGGUUUUAGCUGAAAGCGAAGGGGAGGUAGAGCAAAAGCCUGCUCAAAUCACAGCUUAG